GUUCCAAGCUUCCUGAAGGGACAUCCUAGACCUACAUCUUUUAAUUUGAUUCUACUCUACAAUCUUUACAUUCUUAAUGUUCAGGACGUUUCUUCUUUUCUUAUUUAGUUUUACAUAAUCUCUCUGUGUUGAGAAAGUUUGGGACCGUCCACCGUUACACAGCAUCUGUCUUAUACUGUUGGACCGUCUGUUCUGAUCCUUUCUCUCACGAUACCCUUCACACUCCAGCAUCACUAUUGGACAAGCUUACACACGCAUUACGUUCGGUUUUUCGCGGAGAAAAUGGCUCUAAACAUUCCGGGCAUCAUCGUCAUGGCUGGGUUUUACGUUCUCAUCUUGGGAACCGGCAUCUGGGCCUCCAUGCGCUCCAAGAAGGAGGAGAGGAAGUGUACGGGGGACGGGAUGGAGAUCACGCUGCUCGCUGGACGCAACAUCAACCUGCUGGUCGGGAUCUUCACGCUCACUGCCACCUGGGUGGGCGGAGGCUUCAUCCUCGGCAUAGCUGAGGCAGUGUAUAACCCUACCUUGGGUCUGGUCUGGGCUCUAAUGCCUGUGCCAUACGUCCUCACCUUCUUCCUGGGCGGUUUCUUCUUCGCCAAGCCCAUGAGAGAGAAUCGAUAUAUCACCAUGAUGGACCCGUUCCAGCAGAAAUAUGGCAACGUCCUGAGCAGCGCCCUGAUCCUUCCUGCGCUGGUGGCCGAUGUCCUGUGGGUGGCCCGCACGCUCGUCAGCCUCGGUGGGACCCUGAGCGUGAUCCUAGACCUCCACUAUGUCUACUCAAUCUGCAUCUCAUCCGUGGUGGCCAUCAUCUACACCCUGCUGGGAGGCCUCUACUCUGUAGCCUACACCGACGUCAUCCAGCUUAUCCUCAUCUUUGUCAGCCUGUGGGUGUGUGUUCCUUUCCUGCUGACCAGUCCCAACUCGCUGGAUAUCUCCCUGACGGCCUUUAACGCAACCUUCCAGGCUCCCUGGGUUGGCAAGCUGGAAGCCCAAGAUGCCGGCAAGUGGAUUGAUGACUUCAUGGUACUGGCUCUCGGUGGUCUGGCCUACCAGGCAUUCUACCAGAGGAUCCUGUCGGCCUCCUCCUACACCCAGGCCCAGGUCACCUGCUUUGCCUCCUCCGCCUUCUGCCUGGUGCUGGGCAUCCCUUCCAUCCUUGUGGGGGCUGUGGCUGCAUCCACAGACUGGAAUAUGACAGCGUAUGGUUUACCCACACCAUAUGAGCGCGGCCAGGCCGGCUCCAUCCUGCCCCUCGCCCUUCACCACCUCACCCCUCACUACAUCUCCAUCAUCGGCAUCGGGGCUGUCGCAGCCGCCGUGAUGUCAUCCAUGGACUCUGCCCUCCUCUCCUCGGCUUCCAUGUUCUCCUCCAACAUCUACAAGAACAUCUGUAGGAAACAGGCUUCAGACAGGGAGAUGCAGUGGGUGAUCCGUAUCUCGGUGGUGGUGGUGGGACUGGCCGGCACGGCCCUCACCUUCCUGGACAACAGUGUGCUGGUGUUCUGGCUGGUUGGCGUGGACAUGUCCUACACCAUCAUGUUCCCUCAGCUGGUCUGCGUACUCUUCUUCAAGAUCUCCAAUGGUUACGGUGCCACAGUGGGCUUCUUCUCCGGCAUGGUCCUGAGGUUCAUGAGCGGCGAGCCCCUCAUCAAUCUACCGCCCCUCAUCCAUUACCCCGGCUGCCGUCUAGACGCCGAAGGACGGCUCACCCAGUUCUUCCCCUUCCGCACCACCAUCAUGUUGACAACCAUUGUGUCCAUCCUGUUCUUCUCCUACCUGGCAUCCCUCAUCUUCAAUAAGGGCCUGCUCUCGGAGCGCUGGGACGUGUUCGGCAUCAGCCAGGAACAGGGCAAGAAGGUCGUCCAAGCAGAGACCAAAAACCCAGCAGCCUCCAAGCAAUUGCUAGACACCAGCUGUUAAGAGAGGGGGGGGGGGGAAGAGGCCGGUUGUGGGUGAGAGAGGAGCAGGCCAUCUUGGUUUCAUGCAAACCAAGUCAUGCAAAGGUCUCUUGAUAGAAUCAGAAAAUCGGAGAGAUACAAACAUUAUUAAAGUGGACACCACCGCAGUGGCCGCCGUUUGAUGUGUUGCAAUACUGUUCAAACAAAUCCUAGUACCAGCCAGCCAAGAAUUGUGCGUUUUAGAUUUUUUUUGGUACGCAUGAAUUUUUUAUUUACAUGUGUAUGGGAAUUCCUGUAAAAUACUCUUCUACUGUACAGACUUUUUUUGAUUAUAUUAUAAGUGUAUAUACUUUUACCAAAGCUCAACCUUAUGCAUUGCACAGGCAAAAAGUUAAUAGACUAUUGAAAAAGAAAUUAUAGGACAUUCUUAAUCAGUGAAACAAAUUAUUUGUUAGAAAUAAUCUGGACAACUAAUUUAGACUGAAAAACUAAAAGGUGUUUUGCUAAAUGUAAUCUGACAAUGUCUAAUGAAAUGCUUAUAGCGACUAAGUGCAAUAUGUUUUCCUCUUCAACUUGGAGUCCUCUUGGUUACUCGUGUUACCAUCGCCUUGGAUAAACCCAGUUGCCAUAUCAAGUAGCACAAGGUUAACAGUCUCAGUGCUGUCAGUGUAGGGGAGGUGAUUAGGAUACACCUUCUCAAAGCCCCAUUCAAAGUAUUUGAAUGCAUAGUGCGCAGGGAAAUCCUUUAUUUACUGGUGCACUAGGCUUCAUCCCUAACCGUUACUUUGGCAAAAACACACUUCUUCAGAAACAGAGGUGUGGCAAAAACACACCUCUUCAGAAAGGUAACUAUGGUCGUCUUUGUGGGCAAAGCAAAAAAUAAUAAUUUGACAGCAUUUUAAUUAAAAUUUAGUUUCGAGACCAAAUUGUUUUACAUAGAGAAUGGAAACGCAAAGUGAAUUGUGGUUGAAUGUUGCGACUCUGCAGCGUGUUUGUAGUCUAUACUGAGCCUCGAGGUAGGUCUGUCCUCUUGAGGUCUUACUAUAAUCCAUUGUAAAUCGUGGGGUUGUUUUGUGAAAAUAAAAAGGUAAACUACAA